GGAUAUCGAAACUAGACAAAAUGGCGAACGUUAAGGUAAAGGAUUUACUUAAGGAAGAAAAGACAAAGAAUUAUGUUUCUUGUAUGAUAGCUCUUCAUAAAACCGGAGAAGCCGUGUUGCCUUUUACCGAAGGAAUACUUCAACAAGUUCAUCAGCAAAUUUCAAAACGAACCAGUAAUCAAACCCCGUGUCAAACAAAAUGCAGCAAGACAUAUAAAAAAAAGUUUAGCAGCUGGUGCAUCACCUGUGAAUUAUGGAGACAAGAGUUGAUUGGGUUUCAUACCUGUCCGAGGGAACAGGUAUGGCACAAGCUUCAAUCAUGGGAAUGGCCGAAACAUCACAUGAACCUAGUUGAAGUAUUUAUGCUGCAAAACUGGGAUAGAGCUGACAUGAAUGCGAGUGAUUUAUCAGUGUCGUUAAAUGUGUGGCAACGGUGUUCAGAAUUUCCUGACACACUAUUCGAUUUGGCUGAGAAACUUCGGAAAAGCAGAAACACAUUAGCUCACAGAUCAUCACUAGAUGAAAAUGACAAGCGAGCUAUAUUUCAUAACAUAAGGCAGGUUAUUCAUCACGCGGAUGUGGCCAAAGACUUACAGAAUCCCCAAGAGAUACAAAACAAUAUCACUGACUUUGAAAGUGGUGACCUUUUUAAAUUUGAAAACAGUCUAGAUGAAAUACUGAAAAAGACAGAGGAAGAAAAUGAGAGAAUACGAACUAUUAAUACAAAUCUAAACAUGAUACGUGAAGAUCAAGCGAAAACAUUUAUAACUCUAAGCGAAAUAAAAUGGUUUGCAAGAGCAGCGUUAAUUGUCGUUUUGGCAGCUGCACUGUUGCUAAUGAAACCAUACUUACAGAUGUUCAUCAGAAAACUACAAUUCCAACCACUAAUGGAGAAAACGGGUUGCCUGCAAGAGUAUUCGGCUUUGGUUCCAACAUCGCCGCCGCUUUUAGAUUACUUCAAACAACAUAAACCUCUCGUUGGCCGGGAAUGGAUGUUUCAGUUUUUGGACGAACAACUGAAAACUACAAAGAAAAAUGGCAUUCUACUUGAAGCCGACAUAGGAUAUGGGAAAUCUGCUAUUGCUGCUCACAUUACAUGUGCCAACGAGGGUGACCAAGGUAUUGAAAUGAGAAAACGUCUUAUUGCUUUCCAUCUUUGUAAAUUUGAUGUCAAGCAAACACACGACGCCGGCGUCUUCAUUCAACGACUAGUUUCAAUGAUCUCAAACAAUAUUCCAGAAUUUACCGAGGCUAUUAACGAUGAAUGUUUGCAUUCCUUUAUAACCGGUCAAUGCGACUCUGACCCGUUUGGUUGUAUAGAUAAAUGCAUCAUUUUCCCUUUAAAACGAACGAAUAUAUCCCAUGAAAGUAAAGAAUACAGGCUCAUAAUAAUCGAUGCUUUGGAUGAAUGCUAUGAAACUUUUUCGUUUGAAAAAAGUAACAAAAUAUUCAAUCUCAUGGGACGCCGUGCAAAUGAGUUGCCAAGUUGGAUCAAGUUGCUGGUCACGAGUAAAAGGAUAUCACGUAAUGAAAGACUUGAAAAUAAUUUAGACAGAGAAUACUUUCAUAACCUUGAACCCCGGAAUUUAAUUGACAUUGAUCUAUAUUUCAAACAGUCCAAUGCUUCUAGGGAAAAGAACGUAACGAUUUUCCUGCUUGCCGUUAAUGCAGAUCCUACACAGACGAACGAAAUAAGCGAUUCGAAUAGAUAUUAUCUAGACCAGUUUGAUAGAUGGUAUGGCCACGGGUUUCAUUUGUCAAAAUCCAUUUUGGAAGCGUUAUUGACAACUUAUCUUCAAAAAUAUCAAGAAAAUAUAUGGAAAGUCAUUUCGUUAAAGGCUGUCGACAAUGUAUCACUUUCAAUGUUUGAAAAGGAGCUUUCCAUUAUACAGCAGUUCACAGACAAUGUUAAUGGAGAAAUUGAGUUCAAACAUUUUUCUUUAGUUAAGUGGCUGCUAGAAAAUUGCCCCAGUGAGUAUAGACUCUCCCUUUCUAAUGGUCAUAAAGCCAAUGCGCAUUUUAUUCUGCACAAUUUGAAAACAUCUAAUUUCACGUUUGACGUCACCGAUUUACUUUUACACAUACACUAUGCUAAAGAGGAUUCAGGUCUUCAAGAAAAGUUUAUGAACAUUCCGAAACAUGUCAUUUUUAAAAUGGAGGGGAAAUUUCAUGAAGGACCUGUGGUAAGAAUAAUUAAAAAAGGAAAAAUGAAAGAAAUACCGGAGGUAUUGUUCCACCACUUUCCAGGGGGCAAUCACUUUAGUGCUGAGAACAUUUCAGUGGGAUUUAUUGCUGCAGAAAACGGAUAUACGUACGCUUUAAAGCAACUGGUUAAUCACGGAGCGGAUAUACACUUUCGCAUGCCGACGUUUCCAAAUAUGUUAACGAUGCAUGACGCUUUGGAGGUAGCAACUAAUUUUAAGCAUUGGAAUUACGGGUUGCUAGACAUAGCAGCACAAUACGGACACACAGAAACUGUCGGACUAGUUUUACACGAUGAAUUGUUCUCCUCUUAUAAGCUAUAUGAACGAAACGGAUUAAACCUCUCACCGUGGCAUCUUGCUUGCAUGUUUAAUCGUAGUGAAGUGGUUGAAGUGUUUUUGCAGUUCAAUCGCUCAUUUUUGGACUGGAAAUGUUUAUACUUUGCAGCUGAAAAGGGCAAUAUUGAAAUUGUAAAAUUCCUUUUAGAUGCAGGUAUUUAUGACGAAUGUGUGUUAUGCACAAAUAAAUUAUACUGGAUUCCAAACGGCGCGGCUAGAGUACAAGGACACAUGUUCCCUGAUUCGAUGUACGUUCUUUACGAUGACUGGAGCGAAUUGUCAUGUGAAUCCGCCUUACAUGCAGCUAUUCGACAGAAUCACAUAAAGGUUGUUAGAGAAUUGUUGAAGGACAGCAAGCAUUCAACGCUUCAUUGUUUGGAUCGAGGAGGUCGCCCUCCGCUUAUCGCUGCACUUCAAAGUAAUCGUUCUGAAAUGGUUAAACUUUUCUUUGAAGUGAGCAACGCGCACAAAAUAAAAGUUCAAUGCCAGAAAGUGCCCAUGUUAAAAGACAAUAUACAAAUACACCACACAGAACUGGCAAAAUUAAACAAUAUGAAAUGCAAAGCAGGACACGGUAUUGAGCACGCCAUUUCGCCAAUGUCUGUUGUAUCACAAAAUAUAAUUGAUAAUUCAAAUUUGGACUUUAAUCGAAGAGACGAAGACAAUUGUUUACCUAUCCAUUAUGCAGCAUGUGGAAACAACGUUGAAUAUCUUCACUUUUUACUGCAACGUCAUGAGAUGCUGUUUGAAACACUACUUUGCUUUAAUAACACAAAUGCGUUUCAUUCAACGAUUCACUGUAGAGCAUUCGAUACCUUCCUUUACUUCAUCAAUAACUAUGGCACGUUGUCAAAGUCAAAGUCCGGAUUUGGACACAAUUUUGAAGUAUAUGUGUUGUACCUGCUCAAACUGUCAAAUAACGAAGAAGAAUACGCUAAGGACGCCACUGACAAAAUAUGGAUCGAAAUGUUCAAACUUAUGAUUGAAAAGUUUAACGUUGAUAUUUCGAUGAUGUCAGAUGAAAACGGUAACAGUAUGCUUCAUGACAUCGUUAAGAACGGGCAUUUUGAAUUACUAAAUUAUCUGGUAGCAAAGAAGCUCAAUGUCAUUUUGGAGUUAUUACAAAGAGGUUCGUCAAAAGGAAAGGCAGAAAUUACAUAUCUAGCAAAAUAUAUGCCUGGGCGCAAUUAUGUACGAACUGAAAUAGUUUUAGAUAGUUUUUUGACAAGUCGACAUUCAAAUGAGCACGAACAGAAAAAGCUUUCGGCGAGUGAAUUCUGUUUUUCCUUAGCAUCUCGCAUUUUAAGUCGUUUUGGGAUUUUUAAGAUGGAAGAGAAGAUUGCUAUUUUGCAACACCUCCUUCUUAAACAAAGUUAUAAUCUAGUUAACAUUUACUUGAAACACAUCAUUUCAACUGACCAGUUAUUUAAUUCAAAUCUGUUCGCUACUAUUCUUGACUUGGACAACAAUGGACAUAUUACAAACAACUUUUUGUCAUUUCUUCUACAUAAAAUUAAGAAUCAGCACAGACCUGAUUUCAACAGAUAUGAUAUUUUGAUGUGUUCUACAUGCCAUAGACUACGCAAUAUCUGCUUAGCACAUAUGUUUACGCGUAAAAUAUCACGAUUUCAAGGAAAUUUAAAUAGCAAAUUCGGUUAUGCAUAUGAAACAAAAUAUCUUCGUGUAUUUGAACUUAUGAUUGAAUUGACAGAUGAUGUAAUGUUAUCAUCUUGUGUGGAUCAACAGGGAUUGAAUCUCUUGGAAUUAGCUAUAGACAGUAAGUCAGCAAUGUUGAUGAAGUUAUUCAUGGACAAAGGUGUUGAAACUAAAGUUUCUCCUGAGGAACUCUUACUCCGCUCCUAUAACCACUACGAUGAUAUUGAGGAAUUGCCUAUUACCUUAUUUAAUGACACAUCUUUAAACAAUACAGAUCUCGUAGACUAUCAUUUCAGCACAUAUAAACAAAUCAUGAACAUGUUUAAUGCCACGACAGCCACGAAAAGUGGUAUACAAGAAAACAAUGAUUUACUCAUUCUAAUGAUUAGAAAUGACGUACUUUUUCUCCAAUAUCCGUUUUUUCUUCCCGAAAGAAAUGAUCAAUUCUUCGCAAACUUCAUUGAUAUCCACAAUAAACGUAUACCGGAAUCCUUUGUUUGCAAAGAAAAUUCUGCAAAUUUCUCAUUUAUUCAUUUGUUGUCAGUUUACGGCUAUUCAAACACGAUAGAAACAUGCGUCAAGUACUUUGGAAAGGGUAUUUUGACUUGUUCAAAUUUGGACAAUUUUACUCCAUUAUCUCUUUCUCGUAUUUAUGACAGGACAAACAAAACAUUUCAAACUAUUUUGAAAAACAGUGACAACAAACAACUCGCAAUCGCAGAACAGCCAACUGUGACAACUAUUGAUAAUACAAUAUACAAAGUAGAAUACACGGAAGCAAAGGGAUCUUUAUCACUAGCAAGUUAUUCGUUUGGACAUAAUUUAAGAGUUGAGAUUAAAUAUUUUCAAAACAUGUUGCCUUAUUUGCAAUACACAAGGUCUGUUUUGUCAAGUGAAGAAAUACGCAAAAUUUAUGAAAAGUUCAAGAAUGCACCUGAUAAUGAAAAUUAAUUGUUUACAUACUUAGGUACAGACAUAUGUUUUCUAAGAGCCAAACGUCUAAUAUUUCAAACGUAUGAUUAUAUAUAUAUUAUAUAUAUAUAUAUUAUAUCAUUGUUAAAAAAAUACAAGUGCAGGAAGUAACAAAUGAGUAUUGAUAUUGUGCAUUACAAUAACUUGUAUUGUUCCUAAGUUAAUUUUCUAUUACAUAUCGUUUGUAUAGCUUAGCUAAUCACUCUUUGGUUUGAAUGUAGUCUAGGUCUUCGUCCGGAGGGGUUAAUAAAUAUUUAUUAAACAUUAAAUUAAGUUGAGACAGAGCUGUGUUUUCUAUUUAUAUCUAAGACUUUAUUAAUCAUUAUGCUGUUAUAUGUCAUUAUUUUGUUAUUUUUGUAAUAUGCCAUUAUUUUCUUAUAAUUGUAAUGUGCCAUUGUGUUGUUAUUUAUGUAGUUUGCCAUUUUGUUUUUAUGAUUGUUAUGUCCAUUUUUGUAGUAAGCCAUUUAUUGUUAUUAUUAAAAUAUGCCAUGUUCAUGUUAUUAUUUUAAUAUGUCAUUAUGUUGUUAUUAUUGUAGUACUGUAUACAAUUUUGUUGUCAAUAUUGUAGUAUGCCAUUUCGAUAUUAUCAUUGUAGUAUGGCGUUAUGUUCUAAUGAUUGUUAUAUGCAACUAAGGCCAAUAUUGGAAUUAAUAGUAAUGAAUGUACAUGUGUUAGUAUAUGAUUUUCAUAUCAUGUCGUGAUUAUGUAUUUCAUACGUAAUGGUAUGUGAUCAAAAUUUUAUCAAUUUAACUAUGUACUUUGUACUAUGUACGAAAAACUGUAUUGUAUAGGAGUUAAAGUCAAGAGUUAAUAACUCUUUCUUUUCUUAUAUUUUUGUUUUCUUGUCAGUAUUGUUAUACUAACAUGUCUCUGUUAACUUUCGGAUAUACGAUUUAACAUCAAUACUCCGUUGGGUAUUCCUUUAACAUAUAACGUGCGAGAAAAGUAAUAAUUGUUAAUGCUCAUUUUUUAUGAUAUUAAUUAUAUGUUAAAAUAUAGUUUCGCCGUUGCCCGAUCCUGUUUUAAAGCAGAAUGUAUUUUUAUAUCUAUUUCGCGCUGUCAGUCUAUUUUUCCCGGGCAUAAUACGACAAACAUAAUGCAAUUUGGUUUUCUUCGUAUUAAGAAAUUCACGUGAUAUGCAAACACAUAAUUAUCGUAGUGACUUUGUGCGCGCUAUACUUGGACUAAUCGAACAGUUUUAUGGCGUGUGUGUUAUAACAAUAAUUGCAUUAUUUUAUCCAAAAAAUAUAUCAAAAAGGUUACGAUAAGUCGUUUGGAUAUACAAACAUUUCGAUAAGUUUACAUUACUAAACGGACUAAUAUUAUUUUGGAAAUGUAUCGUUUUUUUUCUAAUUUAUUGGAAAUAUUUAAAAUAUACUUAAGAUCCUUCUGUAAUAUGGGCCCUGUUUUACUUCUUGCAUUCCUCUAAUUACAGCUCAGUUUGUUAUUCAGACCAUUGUAUUCUAGCAAAUUCCCGAGUAUAUAAUUAUGUGGACUUUAUUUUACAUUUCAUAAGUGCUCAUUUUUGAUAAUAAAAAAACCCAUUUUA